AUGAUUUCACGAAUGUCUGUGAGGACACAUACCAACGUAGAGGCCUUGACAAAACAGGACUCUGUAAAUAUGAUGAAAAAUAUAAUUAAAUUGGGAAUAAGUUUGGUUACAUAUUUACGCAAUUUAUUUGAAGAAAGAGCUUAUGAAGAAGUUUGUAUACAAGAAUUAAAAUUAAAAAGAUUAUUACCAAUUAAUUCAGAAUCACACAUGAUAAUAAAUUGGCUAGAAAAAGGAGUUUUUGACGCAAUAGAAAAAGAAUAUCUUCGUAUAUUAAUUCUUGAUAUAAACGAUGUAUAUGAUAAUACCCUUGAAUGCUAUAAAUUUAGUUUUUCUUAUAAUACAGCAAUGGGAGGAGAAAUAGACAUCACUUUAGAAACUUCAGGAAACAAUGACCAAAAUAACAUUGGAAAUAAUGCAACUACUAAUGCUAAUAAUAAUAAUUAUAACGAUCCAAUGAAAUAUAAUGAACUUAUGGAAGAAAAACGAAAAAAUUACAAUAUGAAUCGAUUACAAAAUAUAAAGGAUAGACUAUUAAAUAAAAAUGGAGCGAAGCCAAAAAAAGAACCAUCUUUAUUAUUAAAAAAAAAUGCAAAAGAAAAAACAUAUGAAUUAUUACGAUCAUUAGUUUUAUUAACACAAACAUUAAGUCCUUUGCCUGAAAAAACAUAUUUAUCUAUGAAGCUAUUAUAUUAUGAUGAAAUUGUUCCAUAUAAUUAUCAACCUCCUUAUUUCAGAAAUCCAGGAAGUAGAGAUUUAUUAAAAUUUAUGAGCAUGCCUAAAGAAAAUUUUGUUGGGAAAAUCGAUACAGGGCAUCACUUUUUGUCUGUUAUUGUUAAUUCAACUUGCAAUAAUUCAACACAAGAAAAUAGUACAUAUGAUUGUGAUAGCAAUUCUAAUCACAUGGAAUCAAAUAUAAAAGAUAUGUACAACGAAUAUAAUCAAAAUAAUGCUAUUGAUAAUCAUGUCAAUAAUCACACAAAUAGUUUAGAUACAUAUUUAUCUAACAAUUAUAGUAGGCAUAUAAAUAAAGGAUACACUGAUGAUACAUUUCAUAGUUGUCAUCAUAAAUACUGUAAUAGUACUUAUAGUAAAUAUUAUAACAAUCAUAUAAAUAAAUAUCAUGGAAAUUAUACUAAUAUAUAUAAAACUCAUGGGUAUGAAUCUGAACAGAGUAGAUGUUGUUCCCAUUUUCAUGACGAAGACCGAUAUGAAUAUUUAAAAAACUAUUUGAAAAAAUAUAAACGUAAAGAUGAUAAAAAUAAUUAUGCAAUUAUUGAUGAUGAUGAAUAUAAUAAAACACUCGAACAAAAUUAUUAUGAUCAUACUUAUAGGAGUUAUAAAAACUGGCACAAUAAACAUUAUCCUUACACUUCAAAAAUGGAACAAUAUUUUACCCAAAAUAAUGAAUAUAUUGCAAGUAGACAAAAACAUCAAUUAAAUAAAAUAAAAAAAAACAAACUUGGUGCAAGAAUCAGAAAAACAAAUAUAAAUAAACUAUUAGCAGCAUCUAUAUUAAAUAACACUCAUCCUGAUGAUUCAAUCAUUGACAGGAAAAGAAAGGAAAAAACACUCUCUCUUGCCAGAAUAUUAAAAUCAAAUAACUAUCCAGAGUAUACUAGCAAUUCUGAAAGUGAUGAAUGUUGUGUAAAAUUAGGAAAAAUUAUAUCUCAAAAUAAUAUAAUUGAUAAUGAUGAUGAUAAUGAAGAUGAUUGUGUACAAGUUGAAAAACGAGAAAUCGGAAAUUAUAAAAACAAAAAAAAUAAAUAUUUAAAAAAAAUGAAUAAUAUUCAAGCAAUUCAAUCCAAUUAUCCUGCUACCAACACAUAUAUAGAUUCCACUCCCCCUUUGAAAAAUCGUAAAAGAUUUCAAAAUGAUUAUAUGCUAGAUGAAGCAAAUUCACAAUCGUCUCCAAUAAAAAUUACCCCAGACAAAUUAUUGCAAGAAAAGGAACUACCAUGCGAAGGAAAUGAUAUACAAAUGAAUAUCCAAAAUAACAAAUAUAUUUUCUCUGAGGAAUGUGAUCAAAUUUCAUCAUCAAAAUUUAAAACAAAUACAAAACAAAAAAUUCGCAAUAGAAACAUAGACAAAGAAAAACAACGAAUUAUAAAUCAGAAUAUUGCAACAAGCAAAAAGAACAGAUUAUUAUCUAGAAUCAAAGUUUAUAUUACUCGAUAUAAAAUAUUAGAUGCAUCAAAGAUUCAAAGAAAAAUACCUACAGCAUCCGAUAAUGAUAUUAAUAUUGUAAUAAACAAUCUUGUUAAAGAUAAUAUACUUGAAAAGAAUGCAGAUGAUUCUUAUAAUUUUAUUAAUAAAGGUCAAAGUGCACAAAAGAUUAAAAGCACAAGCACACAAAAAAAUAAGGAUUUAAAUUAUCAAAAUAAUGAUGAACACUUGCAAAAUGGCAAUGACGCUCAUAACAUUUCGAUAAUGUUAGACCAGCAAAAGCUCAAUAUACAUUCCAAAAGCAAUGAUACAAAUUUUAUUGAUAAAUCUUCAAAUGAACAAAGUGAUACAAAGAAUUUAGAAACAUGGGGUAAGGAUAUAGACAAAACUAAAUAUCCCAUUUCUAAUGUUUAUGGAAAUAGUAAAAAUGUAACUAAUCCGGCUAAUUACAUCAACCAAUCCUAUUUACCCACUAAUAAUAUGAACAAAUUAUCAAUGCAAAAAGGCAAUAAAAAUGAAAUCUCUAAAAUUACAGAAAAUAAUGAAAUGGGAGAGGCUUCCGAAAUUAACAAUGAUAUCCAAAAAUUGUACGAUGACGUUUAUAGUUUGUGUCAAAAAACAAAAUACGUAAAUAAAGAAAUAAUCACAAAGGGACUUGGAAUAUAUCCUUUACUAUCAAAGCCACUAAUAAACAGAUUAAUGAAAGAAGGGGUCUUAAAAAAAAAAUUUAUAAAAAACAAAGGAUAUGAAAGUAAUAUAUUUGUUCCAAUAGAAAGCAUUUUUCAGGGAAAUAAAAGUUCAAAUCCAAAUGAGAAUGUUUUAACAGAAAAUUGA